CACCACCAAAUCCCCAAGCACAAAGCGAUGCUCGUCCGCGGCUUCCAUCGCGCGUUUGCGACGGGCGGCUGGAGAGGCGGGAGGUCUGAAAGCAGCCAAAUCUGGAGAAGCAACAAGCCUGACUCGGCGAGGAGCUGGAAGAGCCGUGAUUCGCCAGCACGAUCGUCGUCUGGCGAUAACUUCAGGCGAGGAGGUACAGCACGUCGGACCGUUGCCGUGUCUCCGGCGGACGGUGGAGAUGCCACAGAUCGACCUGCACCGCAAGAAGUCAUUCCAGGAGAAGCCUUGCAUGGUAUCCAUGGAGUUCGACAAGCUCUUCGAUGCAACAUGCGUGUGUUUCACAAGCUGAUGUUGCGCGACACAAACGGACAACCUGCUGCCGCGUCAAAGAAGACGACUUCAGAUGCAGACCAUCACUUGAAGGAAAUCAAAGGCCUUGCGCUGGAGUAUGGUAUUCCUGUCAGCUACGAAAGCAAGUGGAAGUUGAAUAACGUCACCAACGACAAGCCACACCAGGGCGUCGUGCUGUUCGCAGACCCCGUCGAGCUGCCUACAUUCGAGCCGCUGGUUCCUCCAGUCACGAUGGACGGACGUCCGCCAGUCAUUUUGGCCCUCGACGAACUCCAUGAUGCGCAGAAUUUUGGCGCUGUGCUACGAUCGGCGUAUUUUCUUGGAGCGCAUGCUGUGUUGACCAGUGCCCGCAACAACGCGCCGCUUUCCGCCGCUGUGCUGCGCGCCUCCGUCGGAUCAUCCGAGGUGCUCGCGUACGAGCGACGACUCUUUCAGACGCCCAACAUGCACCAAGCGCUGGCAACGUGCCAGGAGCUUGGUUGGACGAUUGUUGGGGCGUGCAGCGGCACCAAGGCCAUCUCGUCCGCAUCGUACAAGAUUGCAAGCCCAACCAUCCUCGUCAUGGGUAACGAACACCGUGGCCUGAAGCCCGCCAUUCGCCGAGUCUGCAACGACAUUCUGACCAUUCCAGGCAGCAUCCAAGACGAAGCAUCAAAAGUCGACUCGCUCAACGUGAGUGCGGCGUCGGCUAUCUUGCUCUACCAGUUGCUGCAUGGUCCUCAGCAAGUCUGAGUCCAACGCGGUUCAAAUCAAAGUGGCUGUAGGCCGAAUGAAUUCGACGAGGUAGCUGAAAGUAGAGGCUGCCAGGCCCUUUCAAGCAAUGGCUUCCAUGAAUCCGAUUUUGUUGUGUGGUGG